UCCUCCUCUCUGUCGUCUCUCCGGUCUCUGUACUGAUCUACGGUUGCCCUGCUCGCCCUCAGCUGGUGUAGCGACCACACAUCCAGGCUCUCCGCUCGUGUUUUUGGUACUUUUGCCGAACUUUAUUUCCAGCGCGCGGUGCGUUGCGCAUCACCGCUCGCGAGGGCUUUUUUUUUAAAGGGGGGAAAAUCUGCUGCUGCAAAAUGGACUGAGGCGACAACUCAGCAAAGUGUGGAUACUUAGGGAAAAGGACAGUAUUUCUGUAGAGAGCAACCUUUUCUUGGGGGGGUUGAGUUGCCAUCAUGGAAGAGGACGACGGGCAUCACGAGAACGGCAUCCACGCCGCCAAGGACUCGGACCGACAACAGCGACUCAGGCUUUGCGUUUUAAAUGAAAUACUUAACACCGAGAGGGAUUAUGUUCGGACCUUGCUCUUCCUUCAGUCGGCAUUUUUGCACAGAAUCAGACAAACUGCAGAUGACCAACAGUGUCUCUCACCUGAACAUGUCAAGAUUCUGUUUUCAAAUAUUGAGGACAUCCUGGAGUUGCACAAAGAAGUGUUGUCUGCAGUGGAGGCCAGUCUGCAGCCCGAACCUCACCCUCAGCAUGCACUGGGGCACGUGUUCCUGCAGUUUAGGGAGAGUUUCUCAGUGUAUGGCGAGUACUGCAGUAACCAUGAGAAGGCUUUGCGACUCCUCAUGGAGCUGAACAAGAUCCCCAACAUCAGGACCUUCCUGCUGCACUGUAUGCUACUUGGAGGGAAGAAAAGCACAGACAUUCCCCUGGAGGGCUACCUUCUCACCCCCAUUCAGAGGAUCUGCAAGUACCCUCUGCUGUUGAAGGAACUGCUGAAACGGACCCCUAAGAAGCAUUCUGAUUAUCCAGCAGUGGAAGAGGCUCUGCAGGCCAUGAAGGCUGUCUGCUCCAACAUCAAUGAGACCAAGCGGCAGAUGGAAAAACUGGAGGCUCUGGAGCAGCUGCAGUCCCACAUCGAGGGCUGGGAGGGAACCAACCUGACAGAUAUUUGCACAGAGUUGCUCCUUCAUGGAAAUCUCCUUAAAAUUUCAGCCGGCAACAUCCAGGAACGUGUCUUCUUCUUGUUCGACAACCUUUUGGUUUACUGUAAAAGGAAAUCCAGGGUUUCUGGAAAGAAGUCCACCAAGAGGACCAAGUCUAUCAACGGGCCCCUCUAUGUGUUCAGAGGCCGAAUCAACACUGAGGUGAUGGAGGUGGAAAAUGUGGAAGAUGGAACAGCGGACUAUCACAGCAACAACUACACAGUGACUAACGGCUGGAAGAUACACAACACGGCUAAAAACAAGUGGUUUGUCUGCAUGGCCAAAAAUACAGAGGACAAGCAGAAGUGGCUGGACGCCAUCUUAAGAGAACGGGAGCAGAGAGAGAGUCUCAAACUGGGAAUGGAGCGGGAUGCCUAUGUGAUGAUUGCAGAGAAGGGGGAGAAGCUCUACCACAUGAUGAUGACCAAGAGUCGGCACCUGAUCAAGGAUAGACGCAGGAAGCUGAGCAUUGUGCCCAAGUGCUUCAUGGGAAAUGAGUUUGUGUCAUGGCUGAUAGAGAGCGGAGAGAUCAGUAAGCCUGACGAAGGAGUGAACCUGGGACAAGCCUUGUUGGAGAAUGGCAUCAUUCACCAUGUGUCAGACAAGCAUCAGUUCAAGAAUGAGCAGGUGUUGUACCGAUUCCGCUACGAUGAUGGCACCUACAAGGCCCGCAGUGAGAUGGAGGACAUCAUGUCGAAGGGCGUCAGGCUGUACUGCCGCCUUCACAGCCUCCACACCCCUGUCAUCAAGGAUAGAGAUCACCAUCUGAAAACCUUUAAAUCUGUGGUGCCUGCCAAUAAACUGGUUGACUGGCUGCUCUUACAGGGAGACUGCUCGACCCGAGAGGAUGCCGUGAUGCUGGGUGUGGGGCUCUGCAACAAUGGCUUCAUGCACCAUGUCUUGGAGAAGAGUGAGUUCAAAGAUGAAUCCCAGUUCUUUCGUUUCUAUGCGGAUGAAGAAAUGGAGGGAACCAGCACUAAGAGCAAGCAGCUCCAGCGCAAUGACUUCAAACUCAUCGAAAACAUCUUGGUCAAGUCCCUGGUGAUUCACCCCGAGGAGGAAGACUAUGGCUUUGAGAUCGAGGAGAAAAACAAGGCCAUUGUGGUGAAAUCUGUCACCAGGGGCUCACAUGCUGAGAUGGCUGGCCUGCAAGUGGGCAGGAAGAUCCAUACCAUCAACGAGGACCUGCUGUUCCUCAGAUCCUUUUCCGAAGUGGAAACCAUGAUCAGCCAGUCCUUCUGCAUACGACGCUCUCUGCGGCUGCUGGUCACCACCAAGGCCAAGGAGAUCGUGAAGAUCCCCGACAACCCACACAGCCUCUCCUUCAGACUCUGUGGCUCGGCCCCUCCUCAUGUCCAUGCAGUCAGGAAAGGCUGGGAGGCGGCAGGGGCGGGUCUUCAGCCUGGCCAGGUCAUCCUGAAGGUCAACGGCAAUAACGUCAACCACAGUGACUACCAAGAGGUCCUGGAGCACUUCACUGCGCAGCACACUCACCAGGAGCCUCCCCAGUCGUGUCAAUGGGUGUAUCGUGCAUUUGAGGAUGUGGAAGAACUAGAAAGAGACCGAGGUGCAGGUGAGAAGGACGAGAGCCCUUUCAGACCUUAUCCAGUGGAGAAUGGCUCUGACCACGAGGAGGAGAACGGCACCAAUGGAACAGACCACCGGCUGAGCAGACUCUCCCUCUCCGAUGAGCUGCCUCUGGUCAGUAUGACAGUCGAUAACGUCCAUCUGGAGCAUGGUGUCGUCUACGAAUACGUCAGCACUGCCGGCAUUAAGAGCCACGUCCUGGAGAAGAUGGUGGAGCCCAAAGGCUGCUUCAGCCUCACGGCUAAGAUCCUGGAGGCAUUUUCUGGUGAUGACAGCCUCUUUGUUCGGAACUGCAGCCAGCUCAUCUCCCAGAGCGACCGAGUGGUUACCAUGCCUCAGUUCGAGUUCAGACAAAUCUGUGACACCAAGCUGGAGAGCAUCCGACGGCGUAUCAGCAGCUAUCAGCAGUUUGCCCUGGAGCUGAAGAAUAAGGCAUGGCCCUCCUUCAGGCAGGCUGGCAUUCGCCCUCACCCACUGGGCUGCAUGGACUUCGUUCCGACCAACUGCCACGUCAACUGCAUGCAGGUCUCUUACCCCAAGAGCACUACCUCUGCUGGCAGGACUUUCAGCAUCCGCUUUGGGCGCAAGAACUCUCUGUUCGGCCUUGAUCCUGACCAAGCACAAUUGAACCCCAUGUCCCACACUCAGCACUGUGUGACCAGCAUGGGAGCUCCUUCCUGGAACUGUACUGGCCUCGAUGGGGAUGAGGUAGAUGACAACGGCGAAGUGAUCGUCGAUGGAGGUGACGGGUUGUCAGACAGUCGGCGAAGUUGUCACGGGGAAGGCGGGUUAAGCUUCCUCCUCAAACAGGAAGACACAGAAACCCAGGAUGCCUACAUUCACUUGUAUAGCCGCCUGGACGUUGCUGUGAGGGAGAUGAAGCAGUAUGUUGCUCAGAUAGAUGUCCUCUUGUCAUCUAUCACCGAACCGACACAACUCCAAGGAGAAGGUGGGGAGCCUCCUGUGUAUGAUCAGAGUCAACCACCUUCUCUGGCCCCCUGUGAGGAUGGCUGUGACCAGGACAAGGUGGAGCAAGGCGGCAUUAAAAGAGUCUGCUUCAAGGUGAACGAGGAGGACCAGGAGGACUCGGGUCAUGACACAAUGAGCUACAGGGACUCCUACAGUGAAUGCAACAGCAACAGAGAUUCAGUCUUGUCCUACACCAGUGUGCGAAGUAACAGCUCUUACCUCGGGAGUGACGAGAUGGGAUCAGGUGAUGAGCUGCCGUGCGACAUGAGGAUUCCAUCAGACAAACAGGACAAGCUGCACGGCUGCCUCGAGCACCUUUUCAACCAGGUCGACUCCAUCAACAGCCUGCUCAAAGGACCUGUCAUGGCCAAGGCCUGCGAGGAGACCAAGCACUUUUACUCUGACCACAGCCAGCCAGAGUUCCGCCAGACAGAAGAUUGGACCGUUCGUUGUCGUUACAUUAUUCACAAGAACAUCCAGGAGGACCCCUGGAACCUGCCCAGCUCUAUCAAAACCCUGGUGGAGAGCCUGCAGAGAUUUGUGGAUGAUGGAAAGAACCAGAUCCUCUUGGCUCUGCUCAAGUGCACAGACACGUCUCUCCAGCUGCGGCGGGAUGUGAUCUUCUGCCAGGCAGCAACGGCCGCCCUGUGCACACUGGCGGAGCAGUUGUUGGCGGCGUUGCGGUCGCGGUUCAACAACGCUGGUGAAUACCAGGAAGAUGGCAAGGAGACCAGCCGCAAGUGGCUGGAGCAGAUAUCUGUCAUUGGUGUGCUGCUACACUUCCAGUCCACGCUUGCCCCACACCUGAAAGAGGAGCGGACCAUGCUGGAAGAUACCAAGGCGGCCCUGUUGGAUUUGGACAAAGUCACUGUGUUCUUCAGGCAACUGGAGGAUGAGUGUCUAGUCGCAAACACACCUGUGUGUUACCAGGUGGAGGGCAGCCGGCAGGCCCUGAGGGUCACCCUGUACUUGGACAGCUGUCACUUCAGUGAGCUGCCCAGUCGGCUGCAGAAUGGAGGCAGCCUGAAGCUCCAUACUGUCCUUUUCACCAGGGCACUGGAGCGUCCAGAGGGAGUGUCCCAGCAGGACUACGCAGCCAUGGAGGAGUUCCAGCAGCGCACCAACGCUGUCUCACUAGAGAAGGUCAAGGCCUACUACCGCAGACUCAGGGCUUUCUAUUUGGAGAAGUCCAACCUUCCAACAGACUCAAACACCACAGCAAUGAAGAUAGACCAGCUGCUGCGACCCCUCAACACACUGGACGACCUCUGUCGACUAAUGCAGUCCUACGUGAACGUACGCCCGAGCGCCCAAGGCCACCCAUCAGGUGUCAGCGUGCUCUGUGUGUCCUCCGAGCUGUGUAACCGCCUGGGAGCCUGCCACAUCACCAUGUGUGGCACAGGCAUGCAGAGAUGUACCCUAAAUGUGACACUGGAGCAGGCCAUGAUCUUAGCCAGGAACCACGGUCUCAUGCCACGCUGCAUCAUGCAGACCAUGGAUAUAAUGCGCAAACAGGGGGCGAGGGUCGAGCUCUCUGCUAAAAAUCUCAAGGUCAUGGACCAGAUGACUCCAUCAUUCCCAAGGCUCUUCAAGCUGUGUUUGCCACCCUCAGAUGGGGAACUCUAAGAACUCUUCAGAGAGCUCAUCAGAGAGAGGAUGAAUGUGGCCGAGGAAGAUAUGAGAGAUGACAUCAACAAGCAUGCGAGUCUCACUGCUUUCUUUCCACGAGACACCGCCAGUGGAAAGACCUUUGCCCCCCUUGCUGCCUCAGUUAUGCAGGGAUCAUUCCACCAUGGAUACCACUAGAGUCUUGAGUGCAACAUACAGGCUUAAUGAAACUGUACAAAUGACUAACGGCAGUUACCAGGGAGCACCUACAGAGAGACUGAUGCAGCCUGAAACUCAAGACUAGUCAUGUACUGUUUUACUGGGAAGCCCCCCCCUGUUACAAGUAUUACUGCUUUGGUUGUCUGUCUCCACAAAGCUGACAUGAAUGACUUGAAAACUGGUGCAAAAUAUUCACAACAGAAGUGAAAGGGAGAUGGCAGUUAGAGGUCAUAAAGAACACACCCACACACAAGUGAUUCUUAUUAACUGGAUAUUAACCAAACUACCUGUAGCUGACUGUCAUCCUAGAUGCAAAUGUUAUCAGUUUUGCCUUGGACUGCAACUUCAGAGAGCUGUCUCUUUCUCUGUUGGCUGGUGCUCCCCAGGGCUCAAUGUUUGGACCCCAAGUGAAGUAGAGUACUUGUGAAUACCCUGGUAUUCAUGUAUGUUAGCUGGCUGAAUCGAUGCAGAAAGUCAAAGAAUAGACAGAGAGAUGGAAGUAGGGACUGAUGGAUGAACAGAUAGAUGAUGGGGGGUGGGGCUGCUCUUUCCUCAGCCCGUUGCAUGUGGUUACUGUGCAAUUACUGUAGGUUUAGUGUGAGUACUGUAUUACUGCACUAUAUGAAGGAUAGUUAUUUAUUGUGUCCGGAAGGAGCAUUCUUAUCCCUCACUUAUUCUAUAUCAGGUAUUAAAGAAUCUAAAAGCAUUCCAGCCUGCGUAUUGAACAGUAUUUAAAGGACCAAUGGCAUGCCAUUUUUUUUUAGACUUAACUGCUUGUGUAUUUUAUUUAUAUGUGUGGACUUUUUAUCAUGUCAGGAAGUGUUACAUUAAUCUUCAGGGAGAGCAGGGGAGGGACGACGAACAGAAGCUAGCUAAUCUGAAUCAGGACAAAGGAAGCUAAAGCAAACGGAACGAGGCUGUUUGUCAAUAAGCAGCCAAAUCAACAGGUUGGGAUAUUGAAUCACUGUUAAAUUAUUAAUAUAUUAAUUAAAAUGUACUAGUUGAAGGACCGCCUUCUGUUAACUAUGGCAUUUUGAUUUUUAAAUUGGUUUUUACGUUGUCUUGGGAUUAUUGUAUGUACUGUAGGUAUUAAAACAAGCACAACAAUUGAUCCAUUCAAGUUGCAGUCUUAGCAAAAAGUACUGUAAGCAGUUUGUGGAUGGCGUUAACAAAGGGAUCGUUUCAAUACUGAAACACAGUAACAACAUUUUACUGAAGAUUUUAAUUUCUUGUACAUACAAACUUUAACAAUGUCGGGGGGGUGGGGAACAUAGGUCGUGUCUGACAGCAGCAGAGUCGUGCUAUAAAUUAACUGGAUUAUUUUUAUGGAGAUAAUAUAAAACAUUUUCUAUUCAUGAGUGUGCAUUCGGAGAGAAGCUGUUUCUCUGUGCUGAGCAUAACCUCACUGACAACUUGUUGUUUUUGACUGUUAAGGUUCGACGUGCAUUUCAAGAAUCUGUUUUGACAUGCUGCAUUCAUUAGGCCGAUCACUUAGCCGUUUUUAUUUAUUUAAAAGCUGUCUGGCUCCAAAAUGAGCAUGUUGGAAUGGUCUGUACGCGUCCCUCAGCACGAGCAUGGCCACUGUAUAUUAGCAUCCCCCCUGUUGGCAUACUGUGUGAGACUCUGGAUAUUUGCAUUAUCAUAAUCUCCCUUUUCAAAUUUGAUCUUAAUCUGAGCGAUGUGCAUUGUACAAACUUAGAAAGCAGGAGCAGUUCUCCAUCGUCCGGUUUUAAGUGUGUGUCACCAGUUUAAAUUAGCUAAUGACUGCAGCAUGUUGGUGUAGCUGGACAAAAAAAACAAAACAAAACAUGUCACUGAUUACACGUUUAUUUACAUUAUUCUAAUGUUUCUGUACAUACUUUAUUUGCAAUUUUAUGUUGCUUGAAAAUAACUGUACAAAGGAUCUUUGUUGAAUCUUUCUAAAAUUAUAAUUGUAAAUGCAAUCUUAACAAGAUAGUAAAUAAAAAUGUUCACAGUAUCACAAUG